CACACUUUCAAGUACACUACGCAUACUCGAGCGCCAGAAAGUGCGCUCGGAGAGAAAGAAACAUCGCUUCGAACUGUUUAUCCUGACGUCAGUUUGAACAGAUCGCACUGCCCCCGUAUCACUUCACGCGACUCUGAACUGAGCUUCGGCUGGAUUUCGGGAAUCGAUGAACGGGAGUGAGUCCACAACUUCACCAUCCAAACUACUGGAGCCACUGAAAUGAUUUCGGCUUGUUUUCCCAACUGGACUAACAACAUAAAAUGAAUACCUGCGCAUUUCUCUUGAUCCUGGCUGUUCAGAUUCACGCCGACAGCGUAGAGGGACCAACAGCGGGCUGCACGUUUGAUGAGGACUCCGACCCCAGCCUGUGCGAGUUCAGCCAAGGGGAGGAGGAUGACUUUGAUUGGCAGCUGUUCCGCGCUCAUGCCUCGCCACACUCCACCUCUGAUCUCCUGCGCGGCUCCUACAUGAUGGUCAACUCCUCCCAGCAUGCAGCGGGGCAGAGGGCUCAGCUUCUGCUGCAGACGCUAAGUGAAAACGACACGCACUGCGUGCAGUUCAGCUACUUCCUGUACAGCAGAGACGGCCACAGCCCGGGGGCGCUGCGGGUUUAUGUGCGGGUCAAUGGUGGACCGCUUGGCAUUCCCGUGUGGAAUGUCUCUGGCUCACGUGGACGACAGUGGCACCAGGUGGAACUGGCAGUCAGCACUUUCUGGCCAAAUGAGUACCAGAUAUUGCUAGAGGCGACUGUGGACCGCAAAGGCUACAUUGCAGUUGAUGACAUACUCCUAUUGAACUACCCCUGUUAUAAAGCUCCUCAUUUCUCCCGCUUGGGAGAUGUGGAGGUCAACGCUGGACAGAAUGCCACUUUCCAGUGCGUAGCAGCUGGGCGUCCCUCUGAAGCAGAGAAGUUCCUUUUGGAGCGGCACAAUGGUGAAGUGUCCUCAGGUGGUUCUGUCAAGCACUUAGGCCGCAACCGCUUCGCAGUGUCCUUUCAAUUGGAGGACGUCCAGAAGCCAGAGCAGGACCUAUACCGAUGCGUCACGCAGUCCUCCAGAGGCUCUGGCGUCUCCAACUUUGCUGAACUCAUUGUCAAAGUUCCCCCAUCUCCCAUUGCUCCACCCCAGCUGUUGAGAGCUGGCUCCACAUAUUUGAUCAUUCAACUAAACACCAACUCCAUCCUGGGCGAUGGCCCCAUCAUUCGUCGGGAAAUCGAAUAUCGGGCCAGCCAGGCGCCCUGGUCGGAGAUACUUGGAGUUAACAUGGUUACAUAUAAGCUCUGGCACCUGGAUCCAGAUACGGAGUACCAUAUCAGUGUGCUGCUUACUCGGCCGGGUGAGGGUGGGACCGGGCCGCCUGGACCACCCCUCAUCAGCAGAACCAAGUGUGCAGAGCCCAUGCGGGCGCUGCGUGGUCUUAGAGCCUCGGAGAUCCAGUCGCGGCAGCUGACCUUGCAGUGGGAGACGCCGGCCUUCAACCUGACCCGCUGCCACACGUACUCCGUCUCCUUGUGCUACCGUUACACGACCGCAGGGGGUGGCGGAGGGCACAACACCACAGUGAGAGAAUGCCUGGCUGUGGAGCACAACACUUCGCGCUUCACCCUCAGAGAUCUGCCUCCUUUUCACACCAUCCAAAUACGCCUUGCACUUGCCAACACCGAGGGCAAGAAGGAAGGGAAGGAGGUCACGUUUCAGACUGAGGAGGACAUUCCCGGUGGCAUUGCUCCCGAGUCUCUUACCUUCACGCCACUGGAGGAUAUGAUCUUCCUGAAGUGGGAGGAGCCAGUGGAACCCAACGGCCUUAUCACACAGUAUGAGAUCAGCUACCAGAGCAUUGAAUCAUCAGACCCCGGGAUCAACGUUCCAGGCCCGAGGCGCACUGUAUCCAAGCUGAGGAACGAGACGUACCAUAUGUUCUCCAACCUGCAUCCUGGCACCACCUACCUGAUCUCAGUUCGGGCGCGCACCGCCAAAGGCUUCGGCCAAACAGCUCUCACUGAGAUCACCACCAACAUCUCUGCGCCAACAUUCGAUUAUGGAGACAUGCCGUCCCCUUUGAGUGAGACAGAAAGCACCAUCACAGUCCUGCUGCGUCCAGCACAAGGCCGAGGAGCUCCGGUCAGCACGUAUCAGGUGAUCGUGGAGGAGGAAGCUGGUAGGAAAGUGAAGAGAGAACUGGGUGUUCAAGACUGCUUCCCCAUUCCUACAUCUCACGGUGAGGCUCAGGCCCGUGGAGCUCCACACUACUAUACUGCUGAGCUGCCCCCGAGCAGUCUGCCUGAAGCCACGCCCUUUACUGUGGGGGACAACCACACCUAUAAUGGCUACUGGAACACCCCCCUGGACCCCAGGAAGAACUACCUCAUCUACUUCCAGGCCAUGAGCAACUUCAGAGGCGAAACAAGGAUAAACUGCAUCCGCAUCGCCCGUAAAGCCGCCUGUAAAGACCAUCAGCGAGCUCUUGAGGUCACUCAGCGCUCAGAGGAGAUGGGGCUCAUCCUAGGAGUGUGUGCUGGUGGGCUGGUGGUCCUGAUACUGCUACUGGGAGCAAUUAUCAUAAUCAUUAAAAAAGGAAGGGAUUACUACUCAUACUCUUAUUAUCCUAGGAAGCCGGUGAACAUGAAUAAGACCCCCAUUACGUACAGGCAGGAGAAGAGUAAUAUGAUGGGCUCCAUGGAGCGCAGUUUCACUGAUCAGAGCACUCUGCAGGAGGACGAGAGGAUGGCCUUGUCAUUUAUGGACACCCAUACGUGCAGCACACGCAGUGAUCCACGGAGCUCCAUGAAUGAGUCCAGCAGUCUGCUGGGUGGAUCGCCUAGGCGUCAGUGUGGCCGUAAAGGAUCGCCCUAUCACACGGGUCAGCUUCACCCGGCAGUGCGUGUUGCUGACCUCCUACAACACAUCAACCAGAUGAAAACCGCAGAAGGUUAUGGCUUUAAACAGGAGUAUGAGAGCUUCUUUGAUGGCUGGGAUAUCAAUAAGAAGAAGGAUAAAACUAAGGGAAGAAAUGAUACUCUGAUGGGUUAUGACCGUCACAGGGUGAAAUUGCACCCGCUGCUCGGUGAUCCCAACUCCGACUACAUCAACGCCAAUUACAUCGAUAUUCGGAUAAACAGGGAAGGUUACCAUCGAUCCAACCACUUCAUCGCCACUCAGGGGCCCAAGCAGGAGACAGUAUAUGAUUUUUGGAGGAUGGUUUGGCAAGAGAACUGCUUUAGUAUCGUCAUGAUCACCAAGCUAGUGGAGGUGGGCAGGGUGAAAUGCUGUAAGUAUUGGCCAGAUGAGUCCGAGAUGUACGGUGACAUUAAGAUCACGCUGCUGAAGACGGAAACUCUGGCGGAAUACACAGUGCGAACUUUUGCCCUGGAGCGGAGGGGAUACUCCGCCAAACACGAAGUGUGUCAGUUUCACUUUACAUCGUGGCCUGAGCAUGGAGUCCCAUACCACGCCACGGGUCUGCUAGCUUUCAUUCGUCGAGUCAAAACCUCCACGCCACUCGACGCAGGGCCUGUGGUGGUCCACUGCAGUGUGGGAGCGGGCAGGACAGGCUGCUAUAUCGUGCUGGACGUAAUGCUGGACAUGGCAGAGUGUGAAGGAGUGGUGGACAUCUACAACUGUGUGAAGACACUCUGCUCUCGUCGUAUCAACAUGAUCCAGACAGAGGAGCAGUACAUAUUCAUUCAUGAUGCCAUUCUGGAGGCGUGCCUGUGUGGGGAGACAGCCAUCCCUGUGAACGAGUUCGCCCUGGCUUACAAAGAGAUGCUGCGGGUGGAUUCUCAGAGCAACUCUUCACAGCUUCGAGAGGAGUUUCAGACGCUUAACUCUGUGACACCUCAUCUGGACGUUGAGGAGUGCAGCAUCGCUUUGUUACCACGAAACCGCGAGAAGAACCGCAGCAUGGACGUUCUCCCUCCUGACAGGGCCCUCGCUUUCCUGGUGACCACUGAGGGCGAGAGUAACAACUACAUUAAUGCAGCACUGAUGGAUAGUUUCCACCGGCCUGCUGCUUUCAUCGUAACCCCCCACCCGCUACCCGGCACGACCUCUGACUUCUGGAGGCUGGUGUUUGACUACGGCUGCACCUCCGUAGUCAUGCUGAAUCAGCUGAACCAAUCCAACUCUGCCUGGCCUUGUGUGCAGUACUGGCCUGAACCAGGUCUUCAACAGUAUGGUCCUAUGCAAGUGGAGUUUCUGUCCAUGUCUGCAGAUGAGGACAUCAUCACCCGGCUUUUCCGGGUCAAAAAUGUGACGAGACUGCAGGAGGGUCAGCUGGUUGUGUGCCAGUUCCAGUUCCUGCGCUGGUCAGCGUAUCGUGACGUGCCUGACUCCAAAAAGGCCUUCCUCAACCUGCUGGCCAGCGUGCAGAAGUGGCAGAGGGAGUGUGGGGAAGGUCGUACGGUGGUCCACUGUCUGAAUGGCGGUGGCCGCAGCGGAAUGUACUGUGCCAGCAACAUCCUGAUGGAGAUGAUCCAAUACCAGAACAUGGUGGACGUCUUCUAUGCCGUCAAGACCCUUCGUAACGCUAAGCCCAAUAUGGUGGAGACACUGGAGCAGUAUCGUUUCUGUUAUGAGCUGGUUCUGGAGUAUUUGGACUGCUUAGAGGUCAGAUAGCGGAAUUCCCCCCACCCCCAACCCCCCCAUGCUGACCUCACUGCAUGGAGCAGGACCACCGGCAGGCUCACUCUACACCCCCACAUCCCCCUCUUCUUCCCAUCUUUCUGUCGUCUUACCCAGAUCAAAAAGCAGAAGGAAGAAAACAGGACAAAAAAAAAUGAAGAACUCUCAGCCUUUUUUUACCCCAAACAUCUAAAUUUGUUAUAUCCCUUUGUGUCAUGGCUGUUUUUUCGGUUUAGGAUUUUUUCAGCAUAUUUUCCUCAAAGCUGUGAGCAAUUCCAGAGCCUGGCUUGGUGCGGUGUGGUUGGUUUACCUCUGCUCGCAGAGAUAGUGGGCUGUUUCUAAAAACAGCGGCUUUAUUUUACACCUGCCUGUUUCUCUCUGGCUGGCUGGACUGAAGAGCUGAAAUAAACAUCACUUGGAGAAGAUCUCUUCAUGUGCAGCGCAGUGGAGAUUAGAGUAUGUACCGUGGCUCUUAAAAAAGGAGUUGGGCACCUGCCAUGCCCCUUAAAAAGCGCCAAAAGGACAAAACAUACAUGCAUGCACAAACGCUGACAUCCACACACACACACACAGAGAUUCAACCAGCAGACAGCUUUCCAUCAACUGCCUAUCAAGACGUCGAUGCCUCUUCAACGCAAAGGACACGCUUUUUCACCAACGUUUUACACGUCUCUGAGGAUUGGUUCUUGUAUCGUCGGAGGCGGAGUUUAUUACUAUAUAUGGUGCCAUAUGUCUCAAGAGGAGAUUGACAGGAGAGUCCGGCAGCCAUGUUGCCCUGCUGUGGCUUUCCUAUCUUGUUGUGACCGUUGUCUUUUUUUCCUCUCACUUGUACAUAUACUUAACGUCUGCUGGAAAUCCCUUACGUCUUAACGUGUAAGUCUCAAGUGCUAACAGUGGCCCUGUGUGCUUAAAGCAAAGGAAGUACAUUAACAAGGGGCAGACAUGAUGGCAUUCUAAAGCUUGCGGUGGAUUACACCCUGACCUUUAUCCUCUCACUCAAUGGUUUUGAGAGAGCGCAGUUAAUAGUCUUUUUACAACGGUGCUGCGAAACUGUGUCGGAAGUGAGGAGAAAGGGACCAAAAGCAACACUGGCAAUCUUCUUCUAUCCACUUGUAACUAUUUAUCGGACUGACUCGUGUUCUUUGAGUGGAUUUGUUUAACAAUUGUGCAGCUUUGAGUGUACAGCUGAAUCCUGGGCUCGAGAUUCUUCAAAGUUAAACAUUCAUUUCUGUUCCGUUGCAGUUUGUGAUUUUGUUUGCCGUUUUCCUCUAAAUAGCUGGACGCGUGAUAGUUGAUCGUCUGACCAUCGAGUCUGCGUUCCAUGGAUAUGGUACUGUGGUGUCUCUUGAAGGUUUUUCAAGCAUCAGAGGUACAAGUCCCAUGUUAGCUAGUCUUUAAAAUAGUGAUUUGGGCCUUUCAAACCUCAGAAAUUUUAAACCAUAUGUAGUUUUUAUUUCUGUCUUAUUGAGAAAGAAGUUAUUUUAUGAUAUACAUAUAUUUUUUGACAUUUCAUUGUUGUUACUACAUUGUAUAAUUAUACAAAUCUGGCUUUUAAACUUGAUUUGAUGUUUGGUUGCAGGGUUAUAUAAAAUUGCUCUUAAAUUGUAUCCAUGUGACUUUCUGAAGGUAAAGAUCAACAUUUUCUAAAGUCAAAGAACCUUCUUUCACUGUCUAUUGGUUGAAAAGGAAAAAAAAAAUCUAUUUUUUAAGAGCUUCAGGCGGUAUUUUGUACCUUAUUUGUGGAAGGUGCCAGACAGUUUAGAACAGACAGGCAAGAUUUCAGUGAUUAAACUACUAUAUUUCAAUGGUGAUAAAUACAGUUUGGUAUUUUUAACUACAAAAAAAAAAACACAAAUGCUCAGUGUAUCCACAUCAGUAUUACGCUCACAUCUCUCAAAUUGUUAUGACCCCAACUGUGAAAUUCCCGUAUCAGCAAGAUGCCAAGUUAGCAAACCACAGAGGCGUUUUCCCAAUGAUUACAUUACUCUGCAUAAAGCAUCUCGGAUGUCAGGCUGUCCCAGUCCACGCUGAGUGACACUGAGUGAUUCCUGAUGCUUUUAACAUGCUAGUUAAAGGGACACCCAAAAAUGAGAAGUCUGCCAUUAUUUACAAUAAUCCUCAUGCUGUUCCAAACCUAUAUUACUUUUUUGUCCGUGAAACGUUUUAAUGAAUUUAAAAUCUAAUGGCUAUGGGAUGACAUGAUGAUAGAAUUUUCAUUUUGAGGUAACCUGUUCCUAUAAGGAAGCCAGAGAAAAUAUUGAUUGAUCGAAGAGGCUACAAAGACAGUGUUGUGACUUUUUUCACCAAAACCCUCCUGUGGACUUUCAUGGAAAGUGCCUGGUGGAAAGUAUGUGUACAUAUAGAUGUAUAUUUGUGUUCUGUGAAUAGUAUGUGAAUAAAGUUUGUUUGGCCAGAUUUAACGAUUUAAAAGUAACAGAAAGAGUUGAAUGUACUGUUCUGUAUAAGACCUAUUUCCUGAAUAUGCCGCCAAAAGAUCUGACACGUGCUCAGUCAGCUGAGAAUGAUCUCUAAAAGCCAUUCCAAAGUCGCCCCUUCAGAAGGCCCAUUCAGUCACUUUAAAAUCCUCCAAUGAUUGUUUUUUUUUUUUUUUUUACCAUGCUCAUUCCAAAGACAUUAGCCAACUUCUAAUGGUAGUCACCUAUGCUAAUACCGCAUAAUUAUCCCUUAGUGUCUCACUACGAGAGAGGAAGGACUUUAGCCACUCUUGACAAAUGUUGAGCCAGGUCCUUGUUUUUUGUGCGUUUAGUUUGUUUAUUUGUUUCCUUCCAAGUGUUUCUGUAUGAUACUGAAUGAAUUGAAAAAGAACUGUGUUUUUGACCAUGUGUUUGUGGGACAGGAAGAGGACAUGGAGGCAUAUAUCUCAUGGGGAACUGAGGGUUGGGGUGGGAUGGGGUGUUCAAACAACAAUAAAAUGUUCUAAGACUGUAAA